AUGUCUCAGCUGGAAACUGCAAUGGGAAUGACCAUUGCUGUCUUUGACAAGUACGCAAAGACUGACGGCAACAGGCAAACCCUCACCAAAGCAGAACUAAAGACCCUCCUGGAAAAUGAACUCCCAAACUUCCUCUCG